CAAAUCAUCACUUUAAGAACAAGAAAAAAGAAGACCAAAGUUAAUAGCAGUAGUUAGAACUAGUACAUCGUAUGGCAGGAACCAGGGAAAUGUUCUGUACACUGGCAACUGACAGAUUAUUCCCUGCGAAAUCUCCUCUUCUAGGCCAUCUUUCCGGCCGGAGAAGCAAGUUUUUUUCGUCCACCACUUCGUUCAUUUCAGGCAAGAGAAGAUUAAUGCGAGCAAGGAAGGUGGAGUCAACCCCCAUGGCAGCUCUGACUGAGGUUGAAUCGAUCGAAGAUGACCAGGAAAUUCCAGUGCAAUUCAAGUUGACAGCGCUGGUGACAGUCAAGUAUGACACCAAGGAACACGUGAAGGAUUUCAUGCUUCGUUGGUUGGAUUCUCAAGGCGGCGUUACCAAGAAGGGUGUCAUUCUCCAGCUUGUUAGCACCCAAAUUGACUUAAGGACUGGAAAGCCAAAGAUGAGCAAGGAAGCUACAAUAGACUGGUCCAGAACCCUGAACAAUUAUUCUGACAAAGUUAGUAGUCACAAAGUUCAAUUUCUUGUUGAUACAAACUUUGGGGUCCCUGGAGCUAUGAUCGUGACCAACAAAUAUGAACAGGAGUUCUAUCUGGAAAGCAUCGCCAUCGAAGGCUUUGCUUAUUUUGCUUGCAACUCUUGGGUUCAACCACAUAGGCUCCAAGCAGAGAAAAGGAUCUUCUUUUCUAACAAGGCAUAUUUACCUUGUGAAACGCCGGUAGGACUGAAAGAGCUAAGAGAAAAGGAACUAAGGCAAUUAAGGGGUAAUGGAGAGGGUGUUAGGGCAUUAUCAGAUAGAAUAUAUGACUACGAUGUUUACAAUGACUUAGGAUGUCCAGACGGAGGAAUUGAAUUUACAAGGCCAAUUUUAGGAGGUGAAAAAUGCCCAUAUCCACGACGCUGCAGGACUGGACGCCCUCCAACUAAUACAGAUGUGAAUGCAGAGUCUCCUAUCAACGAAUUGGUUCCUAUGUAUGUGCCGAGAGAUGAAGCAUAUGAGGAGCUGAAGAAAGAAACAAUCGCAGCAGGAAAGAGGAAGGGGCUGCUUAAUAAUUUGGUUCCAUGGCUAAAGGAUGUUUCAACUGAUAAUGAUGCUAUCCAAACGUUCUCUGAAAUCUAUGAUCUCUACAAAGAGAGCCCUUCCCUGGAAAUCAAGUCACAUAAACAAGACGGAUUUAGGGAGAAACCUCAUUUCCUGAUAACGAUUAAUAAGAUGAUCAAAGAAUCCACUAGAGACAUUUUCAAGUUCGAUCCACCAAAUAUCAUCUCCAGGGAUCCAUCGUGUUGUGUACGAGAUGAUGAAUUGGGUCGUUUAACACUCGCCGGUAUGAACCCCUUAAGCAUAGAAAGGCUAAAGACAUUUCCGCCUGUAAGCACUCUGGAUCCCUCCGUCUAUGGUCCAAAAGAGUCAGCAAUAAGAGAAGAACACAUCACAUGCCAUCUCAAUGGCAUGUCCGUUCAACAGGCACUAGAAGAGGUUAAGUUGUUCAUUCUCGAUUACCAUGAUGUCUACCUUCCGUAUCUUAACCGCAUAAAUGCUCAUCAAAAUCGAAAAGCCUAUGCAACUCGAACAAUUUUCCUCUUGACACCGAUGGGAACUUUGAAGCCAAUUGCUAUUGAGCUCAGCCUCCCACCCACAAACCCGAAUUCACCUUCAAAGCAGGUUCUCACCCCCCCAGCUGAUGGCACUAGCAGCUGGUUGUGGCAACUUGGCAAAGCCCAUGUAUGCUCAAAUGAUUCCGGUUCUCAUCAACUCAUCCAUCAUUGGCUACGAGUCCAUGCAUGCAUGGAGCCAUUUAUCAUAGCGGCGCACCGACAACUAAGCAUAAUGCAUCCAAUUUACAGGCUUCUUCAGCCUCACAUGCGAUACACGUUGGCAACAAAUGCACAGGCUCGCGAGGUUCUCAUCAAUGCUGAAGGAAUCAUCGAGUCUUUCUUCUCCACCGUAGAAUGUUCUAUGGAGAUUACUGCUCCCGUUUAUCGAAAUUGGUGGCGCUUUGACAUGGACAGCCUCCCUGCAGACCUCAUUAGAAGAGGGAUUGCAGUGCCAGACCAAACCCAGCCACAUGGACUUAAACUACUUAUUGAAGACUACCCAUAUGCCAAUGAUGGGUUGUUGAUAUGGUCUGCCAUUGAGGACCUUGCUCAGACCUAUGUAAAGUACUACUACUCUGAGGCAAGUAAAAUUCAAUCAGACUCAGAACUCAAUGCCUGGUAUUAUGAAUCAAUCAAUGUAGGCCACGCUGAUAUCCGCCAUGCCAACUGGUGGCCUAAACUCUCAACUCCAGAUGAUCUCGUCUCCAUACUCACCAUCAUUAUUUGGGUUACAUCAGCAAAACAUGCUGCAGUGAACUUUGGGCAAUAUCAUUAUGGUGGAUAUGUCCCAGUGCGUCCACCGCACAUGCGGCGACUACUGCCAAAUGAGAAUGAUCCGGAGUAUGCAACUUUCCUUGCAGAUCCAGAGGGAUAUUUCUUGUCAUCAUUGCCGAGUUUGCGUGAAACAACAUAUUUCAUGUCUGUUCUUGGCAUACUCUCCGCACAUUCAACUGAUGAAGAGUAUUUAGGAGAUAGAAAAGACUUUUCAGCUUGGACAGGAGACCCUGAAAUUAUUGAGGCCUUCCACAAAUUUUCAAUAGAGAUGAGAAGGAUAGAAGAAGAGAUAGAAAAGAGAAAUGCUGAUCCAAAGCUUAGGAAUAGAUGUGGGGCUGGCGUUUCACCAUAUGAGCUGCUUAUUCCAUCCUCAGGACCUGGAGUUACCAGUAGAGGAGUACCUAACAGCAUAACAACAUGAAGGGGAAUCUCCUGAUUUCUUGAAGUUGUUGACAAUUAAAAAUACAAUUUGAUGGAACAUAUCAAUGCCUAUAUAUGCAGCUAGAAAGUUACUAGCUCGAAUUUGUAUUGUAUUUUGUCCAAUAAUUAAAGAAUUAGUAUUGGAUUAUUACCUAUUUUAAUCAACUUUUCUACCACUUCGAACGAAUGGUUUGAACU